AUGAAGUUUUUCGUAGUGCGGCUCAACACUAUAGCGACAAGCAUCUUGAUGCCAUCCAGCUUAGAAUCUCUACGGAUGCCCACCACGACUGCCACAGCUGGUCCUCGGAAGUUUCCCUUGGUUCCAGCAUUCCACGAGGAUACCGACGAAGACCAUUCGAUAAACUUGCAGAAUAUGGUUGGCAAGGCGCGGCCACUACGAUCUCCACCGGCACUAGAGGAAACUCUACCCACGCGAACAUCGGUCUUUGAGAAUACUUCCAAUAGCCGGUGCGUGGUGAACGGCAGCCUGAACAGGAGAAUCGAGGUGGAAAAAGAGAUCUCAAUGACUUUGAACGGACAAGUAGACAAAGAUCUAGACGAACAAGAGUUGAAUCAGUCGUAUCAUGAGUUUCUUCGUAAUAUCAACAAUGGAGAUUUUUAUGAUAGCCACGACGAUGAUGAUUCUGGCCAAGACGAGGACUUUGACGUGAGCGAGGAAAACACCUAUUUCGAAGGUAUCAGUGAUGAAUAUCAGUCUGAAUGUGAGUAUGAAUCGGACGUGGGCUCUAACGCAGGCGCAGGCGCUGACGACUUUUUCAAGCAAAAGGGUCAACAAGCAAGAAAUCUGCCUGGAUUGGUGCCCACGCCUAAAUUAUCCCAAAUCGAGUCUCCUGAACAACCCGCAGCAGAUUCAAGAAAACCAAGGUCACCUUCGGCAUCAACCAGCCCGAGCGUGUCUUUGCACUACUGGACUUUUGCGCUAGUUGCCUUCCUCUUGUCCUGCGUCAUUGCCUUUGCCGUGUUAAUAUUGCAACAGGAAUCACCACAAUUUUUCAAAACCAUCUCCAUCAGCAACAAAAUCAGCCAACUCGAAGACCAACUACGAGACAACAUUAUGAGCAUGGAAACAAGAUUCGAGAAACUCAAGCUGGAAUUGACCAAUUUGCUGGUGGUGGGCAGUGGUGAAGCUGUCACUCUCGAGGAUGGUCACGUGCGCAUCGCUCCAGAAUUUCACCAAUUUUUGAAUAAAUUCCUUGACUCGUAUCAGAGCUCAUACAUUGAUGAAAAACUAGAAAAACUAAAACAGUUCGAAAAUCCUGAAAAUCUUGAGAAAUUGGCGGAUUUGCAAGCGUUAAAAGAUUACGUGGACAAGGCCAUAGUUGAUUCUACUUCUGAGAUCAAAAAUGACAUUCAAAAUGAGAUCAAAUCCGAGGUCAGCUCAUUCAUGGACAAUUUGAAUAUUGUCAAUGACACUUUACACCCGCCUUCAAACAAGAUAUGGUUGAAUUCCAUGCUAGAAUUGAUUUCAAAGUCUGCCAAGCACAAAAACUAUGCUGAUUUCGCCGAGGGGGCAAGAAUCUUGGGGUUUCUCACCCCUCAGCCGCAACUGCAAACUGGGAUAUUCCACACUUUGCAAAACUGGUUUGCUAAUGACGUCAGCAGUCCCCAUAAUGCAAACCAUGUAAUAUUAGACGACGAAGUCACAUGGCAAGGAGGUGACCAAUUGGGAAUUCGUCUAUCUUCACCAAUCAUACCGACAGAUAUCCUCAUACAAACAGGAGCAUUGCCUCGAGAGGGAAACGAGGAUACACAAGUCUCGAUUGGGUUUAAGCCCGACUCGAAAGUUGGGUUUGACAAGUUGAAAUUCGACGUUAUCGAGAGCAAGAACAAAUACGUUUCCAAGUACAAGGUGCUCAAGAGCAAUCGCGUAAAACCUCAAAGUAUCAAUCAUAUCAAAUUACCGAUACGAUUCAUCAAUAGUCAAGUUGCAGGUUCCAAUUUAUACUUUUUGUUUAAUCACGCUGUCAAUGUUUCAAAUAUUAAAGUUUACGGAGUCACCGAUGUGGAUACUGUUCAUUUCAAACACCAAUUGGAUUUGCUUGUUGAUAAAUUCAAUGAAGACGAUACCGUCCACCACCACCAACAACAACAACAACUGGCUGAUGAAGCUGUUUAUGAUAUUAACGAAGAUAUAUAUUUGUGA